AUGGCGUCGUCGUACCAACACCGCAACUCACACUACGCCCACGAGCGACAUGACAGUAGCGCCUCGCGCAGACCAACAUCCGAGAGACGAGACACGCGUGGCACCAGAUCGAGCGACGGGACAGUGAGCACCUUCAACAGCAUCUCGACAUCAUCGGGCAGAGAAUCAGCAGCGACCGCAAUGACAAACGAAGGCCCCGCCUACUCCAAGAAAAUUGUUGUCGUUGGCGAUGGUGGUUGCGGCAAGACUUGUCUUUUGAUUAGUUACAGCCAGGGGUAUUUUCCAGAGAAAUAUGUCCCGACCGUCUUUGAGAACUACAUCACCUACCCAACCCAUCCCCCAACUGGUAAGACGGUAGAGCUCGCUCUGUGGGAUACGGCCGGGCAGGAAGAAUACGACCGCCUUCGGCCCCUGUCAUAUCCAGAAACCGAUCUCAUUUUUGUCUGCUUCGCCAUCGACUGCCCAAAUUCGCUAGAAAAUGUCAUGGACAAGUGGUAUCCAGAGGUCCUUCACUUUUGCCCUUACACCCCACUCAUCCUUGUCGGUCUCAAGUCGGAUCUCCGCUACAAAAAGACAUGCAUCGACAUGCUGAAAACCCAAGGCCUGAUCCCCGUCACUACCCAGCAAGGAGAGGCGGUUGCCGCCAAGAUGGGCGCCCAGUACAUGGAAUGCAGCUCAAAAGAAAUGACGGGCGUGGAGGAGAUCUUUGAGAGGGCGAUCCUUACUGUGGUGGCCAACGACAGGAAAACGCUCGAAGCCGAGGCUGUCAACGGAGGAGGCAGCGUCGGGGACUCGUCUAGCGGAAAGAAGAGGGGGAGGAGUGGGACUGUGAGCGGUCAAAAUAUCCCGGGAGUCGGGCUGGCGAAGAAGAGGAAGAGCAAAUGUUUGAUUAUGUGA